AACGUGUAGCAGAUUUUAAUAAUAAACCAAGCAGCAGUCUGCAGUGAACUUGGAUUCUAGCAGUAACACCCCGACAUUAAAUUUCGGCAACCGUUAGCCGGGAACAGAAUGGGUCGUUCGAGACACAUUCAUCUUAGAAAAUAUUCCUUGUAUCGACAAAAACAGUUUACUUGUGAUUAAUAGUGCAUAUUUUAACUAUCGUAUUGUAUUAUUUUUGGUUGUAAAUUUGAGUGUCUGCCUGCGAACUCGUUCACACAGGUCAAGAUGUACAAUCAGCUGUUUUGCAGAACAAUGACCACUCCUAUUUUACAAAUUUCAGUCCGCAUAAAGUCAGUAAACUUAUCUAAAACGGUAUCAUUUCUACAAGUGCGCUGUUAUUCAGACGAUUUCCACAAAUUAAGAGAAAAGGGAAAUCCAAAUGGAGAUGUGCGCAAGGAGUUUCGAAAUGUUACGAGUUUUUAUUACCAGAGUGCUAUUGAUGCCGCUGCUAUGCAGCCAUCUGUCCGCCUUACCCCGGCAGCAAUCUUGUAUUCUGGUAAAAGUCCAGAUAAGAGCCACAUUCUUAGGAGUGCCCAGUACCUGCACAAAGAGUUGCCAGUACGAUUAGCUCACAGGAUCAAUGGCUUCAGGAAUCUUCCUUUUAUUAUUGGCUGCCAUCCUAUCUUGUUAAGUGUGCAUGAGCUCUACAUUCGUUCUUUCCACAUUCUGAGUGACUGGAGGCCUAUCCGAGAUCUAGACCAAGAAGCUCAGUGGUCAGACAACUUGAGAAGUCUCCUAGAUGACCACAAGGAUGUAGUUACACACCUGGCUGAGGGCUUUUCAGAGUGUCGGAAAUAUGUCAAUGAUGAAGGUCUGAUUAAAGCAUUUCUGGACAGAACCUUGACCUCUAGGCUGGGAAUUCGAAUGUUAUCUGAGCACCAUCUGGCUCUGCAUGAUGAAAAGCCAAACCAUGUGGGUAUUAUAAAUAUUGCAUUCUCACCACGCAAAGUUGUUGAAAAGAAAGCAGAGUUUGUCAGGAGCAUUUGUGAAGCCAAGUAUGGUGUGGCUCCUAAUGUGAAGAUCAAUGGACAUGUAAAUACCACUUUCCCUUACAUUCAGCCACCAUUAGAUUAUAUCCUCUGUGAGAUCUUCAAGAAUGCCAUGAGGGCAUCUGUUGAGUCUCACUUGAAUGGUGCUGGUGUUCCUGAUAUCAAUGUAACCAUCGCAAACAAUGAACAUCAUUUUGUUAUCAGAAUAUCUGAUAGAGGUGGCGGCAUCCCGGCUAAAAUAAUGAAUAGGGUGUUUGACUACAAUUUUACAACUAGUGGUGCUUUACUGGAUGAUAAAGUAGAUGGUGGAUUAUUUGGUCAGUUUAUGAAUGCUGAUCACACUGGUCCAGCACCAGGCAAGAUGCAUGGAUAUGGAUUUGGGCUACCUAGCUCUCAUGCCUAUGCUAAAUAUCUUGGUGGUUCCUUAACCCUAGAGUCACUAGAAGGCAUCGGAACUGAUGUCUACCUCAGGCUAAGCCACAUUGAUGGGAGAUCAGAAAGCUUUCGCAUAUAAAUUUUCUAUCAGGAAUGUUUAUUUAAAAAUUGUAAUUGUAGCAUAAUCUUUACCUAGUAGGCUUAUUUACCUUGUAACAUCAUUAAAGAUAUAAAAUACCAUCAUGUGAUUCAAAUAGAUGAAAGCUCUUUCACAGUUGGUGUUAUUGUAUUUUAUAGCCACAUUUUCAUUUGGUGGUCUGUUCAAAAGUAUUACAUUUUGUCUUCAUGCUUGUAUUUACUUUUAUUCAAUUUGCAUUUUUUAAAACCCUUUUGUCUCCAUUCAUCCCGGUAUUUUGUUUCUUUUGGUGAAAGAAUUCAUUUUUCUUUUUCUGUAUCUUAAUAAAAGUCAGUUUAAAGAAAAACUACCAUUUUUAAAAAACUAUAAAACUAAAGUAAAUAAAAAAAAAUUUCAAUGUUAAAGGUAAGAAAAGAAUUAAUAAACCUUGAAGAUGCCCAGCAACCUCCAAGAAGUUUUUAUUUUAUGGUUUUUCUUCCUGGUAGCAUGAAGCAAUUUCCACCAAACAUUUAUAAUGAGCAGUAUUUUUUCAACUGUAUUAUUUGGUAUUGGUAUGUCCACCCAUAGUGUAUUGGAUUACUCAAUGAUCCAUUGAAGAGAUUAAGUGGAUAUGAUGUAACCUGUUACAUUGAUUUAAAAAAUAAACUUCAGAAUCCAAACUAGUUAAUGUGCUGUUUACCUCUGCCAAACUUUUUAUGUCAUACAGGGCUAUGUUGAUGACUAAAAAGGUAUCAUUACAUGACUUAUGUUAAGUUUUUAUUAACCAAAAAGUUUCUUCUGAUGCAUGACAAUUAUUAUGGGUUCUGACGUUUAUUAAUGUAUACCCACAUUUAUUUAUGAUCAAACUAUUUGUUCAGAUGACUGGGGUUGUUUUUUUUUGGAAAAAAGAAUUAUAUAUCUCAUCUUUUGAGAAAUGAACAAUCUUAAUGGAUCGCAAUCUCACUUUUAAAAAAAAAAAUUGCUGUAAAUUGCACCUGGUUUAUUUUGUACCUGUUUUGAUUUUUCAGUUAUGAAAAAGUUAUAAAGGAUUGCCAUUUUAAAAUGAUUGUUGUAGUUGUGAACUAUUUUUAUUUUUGAAAGUGUAGAUGGGUCAAAUAAUUUUUUUGAACAAAAUCAUUGUGCACUAAAAUUACUGAAUAGACUGUAACAUAGUUAAUGGAAUAUGUAUCUGCAUUCAUUAAAAAAAUUCAAUUUUAAAUUAAUUUUGCUUUCUUUGUAUGUACAGAAUCUCGCACACAUUUGAGAUCUAUUUUUGGAUGUCUUAGCAUUAUUGUCUACUUAUUACAUUACAUGUUUAGGAAGAUUGAAUUUCUCUCUUGAAUAUUCUAGAUCAAGUAGUUUAUUUGGAUUUUGUUUCGAUUUCCUGGUUUUCUGUGAAUGAAAUUUUUAUUUUUCAUUCUGCUCUGCUUUUCUUCAAUGCUUGAGUUGGAUUUUAAUUCAUCAUUUUAUUGUCAAUGUUUCUGAAUUUUUCAAGUUAAUGGCUACAUAACCACUGGUAUAAAAUGUAAUUUUUUUUUAUUCCAGUACAAAUUCAGUAUUUUUCUUCCAGCUCGGGGUUGUAGAUAGAAACUGCUUGAUAUUCUUAUUUAGUUAAAACAAAACAUAUGACAAUUUUGAAUGUCUUUUUUAGUGCAACAUUCAUUUCUUGUACAAGUGGUGUUUUUUUUUUUUUUGAUGAAUGAUAAGUGCAUGAGAAAUAACAAAUAAAAAUAUGAACUGAGUCAAGUGUA